AUGGUCGGCUGGAAAACCUCUCUUGCGGGCUUGGCUGGCCUCGCCGCCUUCGCCUGUGCCUCUCCCACCAAGAGGGACAAUACCUCGCCCACAUUUGAGAAGAUCAACGUUCCCGGCGCAUACAUCGUUGAGCUCUCCGACGACCAGGAUGCCACCACCUUUCUCGGCAAGGUCGAGUCAGAAGCAGGCGUUUCUGGUGUCUCCCAGCGCGUCAAACUUCAGUCAAAGGUCUUCAAAGGCGUGUCCUUCCAGGUGGAUGGCCCACAUGACGAGGCAGCCAACAAGAUAGCCGCAUUGCCCCAAGUUAAGCAGCUGUGGCCUGUGCCAUUGAUCUCCGUGCCCAAGUUGGACGUCACAUGGACGGGUAAGGAUAAUGCCCCCUCCAAGUAUAAGCGCCAGGCCAACUCUACCGACUCCUGGCCGCCUCAUGUCCUGACGCAGGUCGACAAGCUCCGCGCCAAGGGAUUUACCGGCCAGGGCUUCCGCAUCGGCAUUGUGGACACCGGCGUCGACUACACGCACCCCGCCCUUGGUGGCUGCUUUGGCUCUGGCUGUCUUGUGGAGUAUGGGGCAGAUCUCGUGGGCGAUGCCUUUGAUGGCACCAGCGCUCCAGUCCCUGACGGUGACCCAUUCGAUGAUUGCCUUGGCCACGGCACACAUGUGUCUGGCAUCAUAGCGGCAGCGGAGAAUCCCAUGGGCUUCACCGGUGCCUCUCCCGGCGUGAAGCUCGGCAUGUACCGUACCUUUGGGUGCCCUGGCGCAACCACGGGUGAUAUCCUUUUGGCUGCCGCAUUCCAGGCCUUUGAGGAUGGGUCCGAUAUAAUCACAGGGUCCGUAGGCGGGCCUAAUGGGUGGGCUGGCGAUGCUUUCGCUGUCGCCGUCUCAAGGAUCGUGGAAGCCGGUGUGCCGUGCACCUUUGCUGCGGGCAACGAGGUCGGUGGCUCUGAGGGUCUGUUUGGGAUCAGCACGCCCAGCACCGGGGACGGGGUCAUGUCUAUCUCCUCGUAUCAGAGCGAGGGAGCGGACAGCCCAGGGCGGGUGUCUGCCUUUACCAGCUGGGGUCCUACCUUUGAGCUGAAGCUGGCGCCGAGCUUUGGUUCACCGGGUGGUGGUAUUUUGAGUACCUGGCCAGUUGCACUCGGCUCAUAUGCUGUUGCGUCAGGGACAUCGAUGGCUACGCCUUUGGUAGCGAGCAUUGUCUCUCUUGUGUCCCAGGCUCGAGGAACAAGGGAUCCGAACCUGAUCAAGAGGCUGCUCGCAUCGACGGCCAAGCCAGCCAAAUCACAGAACUACGGUGAAGCCAAUAGCGAGGUGGCUCUCGGCCCAGUCCCACAGCAGGGUGCUGGUAUGGUUCAGGCCUUCGAUGCGGCUUAUGCAACGUCUGUUCUUAACGUCGCUAGCCUGUCAUUCAACGACACGGACAACCUCGUCACCGAGGCUUCCUUCACCGUCACCAACGUUGGAGACACGCCAGCAACUUAUAAUCUGUCCCACAUCCCAGCGCUGACAGCUACAACCCUAUUUGAGAUCUACCGCAGCAGCUCGCCAGAGCUGAGUACCGUCUACGCGACCUUGGACCUCGAGCCAUCCACUUUCAUGCUUGAACCCAACGACACGGCCGAGGUCCGCGUGGGCGUCGUGCCCCCCAAGGGCCUCGACGCCGUUUCUCUGCCAAUAUACUCCGGCUGGGUCGCCCUGAACGGCACCAACGGCGACGGCGACAUCGCCCUCUCGCUGCCGUACAUCGGCGUCGCGGGCUCCAUGAAGAACGCCACCGUCCUCGCCUCCCAGCGCCUCUUCUUCAGCCGCAGCGACGACGAGACCAACCCGGAGGUGCCCGCAAACACCACCUUCCAGCUGCCUGCGCCGGCCGCCCACCCGGACUGGGGCCAGCCGCUGUCCAACACCUCGGAUCUGGUCCUGCCGCUUGGUGCUCUGCCGGACCAGUCCGUGUGGCUGGUCAUGGGCAGCUCCGAGACCCGCAUCGAGGCCGUCCCUAUCGACCCGAACCCAGAUGCCAAGGACAAUGGUCUCGGGGUCGUCACGCUAGGGAACGUCGCUGGCUACCCAAUGAUGUAUCACCGACCUAUCGGCUGGAUGAGCCCCUGGGACGGCAGCCUGGCCGACGGCUCGUGGGUGCCGGCUGGGCGGUAUCGGUUGAGUAUCUUUGCGUUGAAGAUUGCGGCGGACAGGGAUCUCGUGGAGAGCUGGGACCGGUAUGACUCUCCGGAGUUCAUCAUCCGCUAUGUGAAGAUUUGA